AACUGGUAGAUUAAUGCAUAUUCGGUAACAGUAAAGUGCAUGUUGAGUCACAUGUGUCCUUCCGCACAGGAGGACGUGAUUUGGGGGAUCAUACCAUAAACAGAGUUAUAAAUGAAAAGUAAUAGGAAUAAAGAGCAUGUUGGUGUGUUGACAAAAGAGAAUAAAAACAAACAUAAGAAAAGAUAUGGCUCUGUUUUUCGCUCACUUUCUCAUAAAACUUUUUCCAAUCACCCUUUUCAACGCCUUAAACAACGGGAUUCAUUACUAGCUUUCGUAUUCGGUUGGACACUCUCUUAUGUGUUAUUCCUAUAAAUAUCCCUCAAUGAAAUAACAAAAACUUACAUUCAUAUAGCCAUGGCAGCAGCUUCCUACAGCCCCAUGAUGCUUGCCCUCUCUCUGCUUCUGUUGCUCUCAUUCUCGAGUAUAGCUCAGGCUUAUACGCGCAGCGGAACGCUUCGGCCUUCAGAUUGUAAAGCGAAGUGCACAUACCGUUGCUCUGCAACUUCACACAAGAAGCCAUGCAUGUUUUUCUGUGAGAAGUGUUGUGCGAAAUGUCUAUGCGUUCCUCCUGGUACAUACGGCAACAAGCAAGUUUGUCCUUGCUACAACAACUGGAAGACCAAGGAAGGAGGACCCAAAUGCCCUUAAAUGAUUAUCUUUGUCAAAUUGGACACCAACACACUAUUUAGAAAACAAAUCAUUUUUUACUUUCUUUUUUUAUCAUUCAAACACUCAAGGUAAUUGCUUCUUCACAUCUCACUUUCUUAACAAAUAAACCUUUUUAUGUGAAUAUAAGUAUUUAUCAAAACACAAUUAUUAUCUAAUAACGAAUACAAUAAACUCAUUAUUCUUACACUAAACAAAUUAACUAACCAUAA